AUGGGUUCACUCCCUUCCCCGCCACGACCCACGACACCACCACCAUCACCUGAGUUCAACCCUUCUCGCUAUCGAGUCAUCGUUGCUUUUUGUCCUAAAGAGGCAGGGCCUAAUGCUAACUUCUUUAACUGUAUACAGUGUUACAAUCCCUCUAACAACACACGGAGUCAUGUCAGCCUGAUUCCGGACCUACUCGAAAACCAUGUCUUAAAGGGUUUCGCUAUGGUUUCUCUAGGAGAAUCGAUUUACAUUAUUGGUGGGAGGUUAUGGUACAAAGAGAGGCCACCAAGUAGUGAUCAAUCCGAUGAGUUUGUCGAUGUUGGUGUUGAAGUGUCACCUUUAGUACUUCGAUACAAUGUUCGGUCGGACCAAUGGUCCAAGUGUGCACCAUUAGGCAUACCACGCUUCGAUUUUGCUUAUGCUGUUUGUGACAAUAAAAUCUAUGUGGCAGGAGGGAAGUCCAACUUGGCUAGUGCUAGAGGUAUUUCAUCGGCGGAGGUGUAUGAUCCUGCUCUUGACGAAUGGACUCCAUCAAGCAUGAGCACAUUGAGAUACAAGUGUGUAGGAGUGACAUGGCAAGGGAAAAUCUACGUGGUGGGUGGUUUUGCAGAAAGAGGGGUCGACCUAAACAUGCUGACAUUUUCUCCGCAGCGUAGCUCCGCUGAGGUGUUCGACACCCGAGCGGGGAGGUGGGACCUCGUCGCUGGGAUGUGGCAGCUCGAUGUGCCACCUAAUCAGAUUGUCGCGGUGGACGGCAAGCUGUUCAGCUCUGGGGAUUGUCUCAAGCCCUGGAAAGGUCACAUUGAGAUGUACAAUGGGAUGCUUAACAUGUGGGAUGAAGUGGAUGGAUCUUGUUUCCAAAUCUCCACAUCUUCAGGCACCAAUGAUGAGCAUUGGCCACCGAUGGAACGCCUUUACUUAACAAUGGCACCGAUAGGAACCCAACUAUAUUUCUUGGCAGGGUACCGCAUGGCCGGUGAAUCAUCCCGAACACUUUCAACAGUCUAUAUAUUUGAUACAUCGGCAACGGUCGAUGCAUGGAGGAGCUUAGCGCCAAUGGAGGAAGAAGGCGAGAAAGAGCUGUGCAGUCACUGUUGUGUUGUCCAACUCUAUUAA